UCGGUCCCCCGCGCUCGUGGGCUCUCCCAAGUUGCUCGCGCCGCCCGUUGCCCUUGGGGUGGCCGCUGUGCGGGGCCUGGUGCAGUGAGCGGUGUUUGUGAGUCCCGCAGCCAUGGUGAAUUUUGCCCAAGCUGUGCGUGACCACUGGGUUCACAUCCUUGUUCCCUUGGGAUUCGUGGUUGGAUGCUAUCUGGACAGAUGGAAUGAUGAGAGGCUGUCAGCCUUCCGAAACAAGAGCUUAUUGUACAAGAGGGAGCUGAGGCCCGGUGAAGAAAAAACAUGGAAAUAAAGGCUGUUGAUGAAUGGAGAAUAUUUUUGCUCAGUUAAUCACCUUAUCUCAUGCAUUGAAAUAAUAUGAUUAUGGUUUUAUCUUGAGACUGUACCAAGCUACAGAAAAGAACACCUACAAUUUGUCAGUGCUACUUUAAUUUCCAUUGUUACUUUCUGAAAGGUGAUUUAGUUAUAUAGCUAAUUUGUACCUGGGAAACCCACAAAAGUUGAGAAAUGUCUGACCCCAGAAGUACCAUUCAGGAGUUGGGGGAGGAAAGACUUAAUGUAAUAAAGAAAAAACUAUGCAAAAAUA